GCAAGAGCUACGCCCGACCUAGCCCACAGCCCUAUACUCAGUACUUCAGUGGACUAUACUAGGAGAUGACUCUGAGAGUAAAAGAAAUAAGUGCAGGCAUUGGUUGGGAAGGAAGUCACUUUGACCGUUUCUAUGUGGUUGUUUUCUUUGAAGGGAAUGAGAGACGGACGACCACAAGGAUCACAAGCAAACCGCUAAAUGCCCCUACUGGCCAUGCUGUGAACUGGAAUGAUGUGAGCAGUUGUGAGUUAGUGUUUCCACUGAAGGAACCCUUGCAGACCAGCGGUACCCAAUCACUCAAGCUUAACUUGUACCAACAAUUAACAGCGAGAAAGGAGUUUAUCGUCGGCAUAUUGGAUAUCUCUCUUGGUCUUCUCAGAAAUGGCAGAUACCAAUCCCCACCACUCUCUUUAAAGAACAAGGAGGGAGAGUCACUGGAGUAUACAGUCAGUGUGACAGUGGAGUAUGAUCCCACUAGCAGUCCUGCCAAGAAGAUACAUUACGGGUUCCUCACACUAGGAGAGGUAAGAGCUGCCUUAAGGAGUGCUCAUGCUGAUUGGUUCGACCUGGGGAUUAUGUUGGAUCUACCAUUCGAAACACUAGAGGCUAUGGAGAAGGACCACCGUACCUCAAGAGAUCGCUUCACUGCAAUGCUUGAAGUAUGGCUUCAGUCCUCACCCAAUCCCACCUGGUCUGAUCUGGUUAAAGCCCUGAGGUCACCACGCAUUGGCCAUCAUGACAUUGCUGAUGAGAUUGAGGACAAGUACAGCAAGAGUGAUGACUUCUCAGUGCAAGAAAGCAAGGACACAGCAGAGUCCCUCACACUAAGAGAGGCGAGAAAUGCCUUGUGGAAUGCUCGUGAUUAUUGGAUGAGUCUUGGGAUCGCGUUGGAAAUACCAAUAGAAACACUGAUGGCUAUUCAGAAGAACAACGUACACGGUAUCACAGGAGAUCGCUUCACUAAACUACUUGAAGUGUGGCUUCAGUCCUCACUCAACCCCACCUGGUCUGAUCUGGUUAAAGCCCUGAGGUCAUCAAUCAUUGGCCGUCCUGACAUUGCUGAUGAGAUUGAGGACAAGUACAUCAAGAGUGAUGACUUCUCAGUGCAGAAAAGCAAGGACACAGCAGCCUCUGUUGAAGAGCAGUUGAAAUACUUACACAAGUUGAACGAGUUGCUGACAGACACAGAGAACACCAUCAACCUCCGCUACCUCAAACUGUACCUAAUUGGCCUUUCAGGGCUCGGCAAAACCACCUUCCGAAAACGUCUGCUAGGUCACCUACUUAACCUGGCAUCAAUCCCACCACAAGACAGAGAACGCUGCAGUACUCUUCUUGCUGAGUGUAAUCAAGUCCUGGCUGUGUCAAGUGACUCCAAAUUGAUUCUCAAAUCCUCUACAGAUAUUGAAAAUGAAGCACAACUGAUUUUCGCUUACAUGAUUGGCCUUCAGCAAGUUGUAAAAGCCGCCAUUUCCAAAACUGUAGUCGAAUCUGCGGCUGAUGCAACGAAUAAUUCCAUUAAUGAUUUAAGGCUAAAAGAAGAUUCGGAUACUCCUCCCACAGAUGAAGUGGAUUCAAGCAAAGAGCAAGGAAGCAAACAACCCAAAUCACAGGCUCUAGAAACCAAUGUUGCCACAAACGAAGCUCAGCCCGCAGAGGCAAGCACAAAGCAAGUUCCCCAGGAAGGAGCAAGCAAGCCAGCCAAACCAAAGGCUCCAGAAACGAAGGUCGACAAGAUCAUUGAAAACCUUCGAGAUAUUGUCAAGCGCGGCAAUUACAUGGAACAGUUGGUGGGCAAAGCUUUGCUCAACAUCAUCGACAUAGGUGGACAGCCUGCCUUUUUAGAGAUGCUUCCAUUUUUGAGCAAAGGCCCAGGGAUGUUUCUCGCUUUCUUCCCUCUCGAUAAAGAUCUCGACGAGCUUUAUGAAGUUUCCUACGAACGUGACCAAGACAAAAUCACACCGUACCAAGCAAAGUAUACGAUUCGAGAGACCCUCUCCCAAAUUCUUUCAGCCAUCAGCCAUCACGUCACAGUUGAUUUGGAUUUGGAUUCCGAGAUUGCCGAUAAAGUUGAACAUUUCCGAGAUCUUCAAGCUGUCGUGAGUCUAGUGGGCACUUACCAAGACAAGUUGGAAAUUCAAGCCAAGGCAGAAGUCAUUCAGUCAAAGCUCAAGGGGGAUUACCCCAGUCUUGACCCCAACACCCUGGGCGCUGCAAUACAGCUGAUUCUGGAGGUGCAGCAAGAAAGUGAAAAUGAGCAGAAGGUGGAGGAGAUAUUUUCCAAACUAGAGGCAGAGGUUGGCAAGCAACUUGAAUUGGACUCGUUUUCAAAAGACCUGGUGGAACAUGUGGAGCAAAAAGCAAAAGUGAAGGCUACCACUGAAAAACAGCAGAAACCAACCACACCACGAGAGGAUACCGAAUUGCGAAGCAAAGUGGAAGUCCUCGAGAAAACUCUACCUACUGAAGUCAAAAACAGAUUGAAACCGAGCGCACCCAACGCUGUUCAACUUUUGCUCCAGUUGAAGCAAUGUAACGAAACCCUCUCCAAGCUAGCAAGUGCUGUUGUCCAACAGUUGAGCACAGAUUCUACCAUUCAAGCCGAAACUGAAAAGCGUUUGAAGACAAAACUCCAAGAGAAACACGAAGCCUUAUGCACCAUUACCUCACAUUUUGACGACAUCAUCAACCACCCAGAUGACAGUCACUUCUUUUCUGUGGACAACUUCAGUGGCAAAGAUGCUGACAUUGAUCCGAUUCGUUAA